AAAAAGUAUAAAGCUUUACAGUUUUUUUUUUCAUGUGAAGUGUCAUGUCACGUCACGUAACAAGUUGAUGAACGUCCUUACAAAAAGUUCUACGUUGUCUUAAUAUAUUGUAAUAAUUGAUAAGAAUUAUGACUCAUCUGUAAAACCACUAAGAGAGCGACAAAACCAUAAGAGUUUGUGUCCCUACACCCAUCCAUGGCUGCUGAAACUUUGUGAUUAACCUCCUUGUCUCCUCUUCUUUACCUUUUAUAUAUAGAAAGCAAAUUCUCAAAGCUUUUGUUCAGACAUCACUUGCAAACUCUCUCUCUUUUCUCUCUCAUCUGUCUUGUCUAGGAAAAAAAUAUGGCUGCGUUUGAGGAAAGCUCUGAUUUGGAUGCUAUACAGGAGCAUCUCUUGGAAGACUUUUUGGUUGCUGAUGGUUUCAUGGGAGAUUUUGACUUUAAUGCUUCUUUUGUCUCAGGACUCUGGUGUAUAGAACCUGUGAUGAAUCAAGUUCCUAAACAAGAACCUGAUUCACCUGUUCUUGAUCCGGAUUCAUUCGUCAAAGAGUUUUUACAGCUGGAAGCUGAAUCAUCUACAUCAACUGGAGUUUCAGAUUUGAAUUCAUCAUCACAUGAGAGUGUCUCGACCAGGAAAGAAGCAAAGAGGUUUGAAGAAGAGGAAGAACCUAGGCAUUACCGAGGAGUGAGAAGAAGGCCGUGGGGGAAAUUUGCAGCAGAGAUUCGUGAUCCUGCAAAGAAAGGAUCUCGGAUUUGGCUAGGAACAUUUGAAAGUAACGUUGAUGCUGCAAGAGCCUAUGACUGUGCAGCUUUCAAGCUCCGGGGAAGAAAAGCUGUGCUCAACUUUCCUCUAGACGCUGGCAAAUAUGAAGCUCCUGUGAACUCAGGACGGAAAAGGAAGAGAUGUGAUGCGCAAGAGGAGCUCCAAAGAACUCAGAGCAAUUCCACAGCAUCUUCUAGUGAUGGAGAAACAACCUGUGAAUGAAUGAUGGCAAUUAACAUUUAAAAGUGUGAGCAGUUUCAUUGUUUAAGUUAAAUUGUACAGAGGAAGUGAAGUAUAGGUUAGUGUGCUAAGAACUCUUGCAACAAAUUUGUAUGAAUGUUCUGUUUCUUUAAGUUAUUGUUUCCAAAGAAAGUUCUCUCCAGGGAUUGAGUCUCCAUCUCUAAACAACUCAACUGGUUAUUAGAACCAAGACAAGCAAAGUAAUAAAAUAACUUUUAGUAGCUAAAACUAAGAAAUCAACAGAAUUAUUCUGAAUAAUAAUAACAAUAA